AAUUAAUGAAUAAGUUGUUAUGAGAAUAAGAGCUGCCCUCAUCAGAAUCAUAGCCACUCACUCAUUGAUAGAAUACAGCUGUUAAGGUUUGUGCUGUCGGCAAGACUCAAUAGUUGUUGGUUGACUGACCUUGAAACAAAAAGAUCUUUACUUUGAUUUGAUGACCACUUCAUUCCACUGAGUGAUUGGCAUAAGCUGCACUUGAAAACACAGAUUUCCAUUCAUCGAUUCCACUGCUCCCUCUCCUAACAUACAAUGGCAUUAGAAUGCGUUGGUGGUGCUGUUCUUUCUUCUUUCCUCGGGGCUGUAUUUCAGAAGCUGGCUUCUCCUCAAGUUCUGGAUUUCUUUCGUGAAACAAAGAUCGAUCAGCAGCUGCAGAAGGACUUAGAAAACAAGCUCCUCUCCAUCCAAGCUGUGCUUGAUGAUGCUGAACAAAAACAGUUUGGAAAUAUGCAAGUGAGAGACUGGCUUAUUAAGCUCAAAGUUGCCAUGCUUGACGUUGAAGAUGUCUUGGAUGAAAUACAACACUCCAGACUCCAAGUGCAACCUCAAUCUGAAUCUCAAACCUGUACUUGCAAGGUACCCAAUUUCUUCAAAUCUUCCCCUGUUACUUCCUUUAACAAGGAAAUUAAUUCCAGCAUGAAAAAUGUCCUUGAUGACCUAGAUGAUCUUGCAAGCCGGAUGGAUAAUCUAGGCUUGAAAAAGCCUAGUGAUCUUGUAGUUGGAUCAGGAUCUGGUGGUAAAGUGCCACAAUCAACAUCUUUGGUGGUAGAAAGUGAUAUUUGUGGCAGAGAUGGUGAUAAAGAAAUUAUCAUUAACUGGCUCACUUCUAACACUGAUAACAAGCCGUCAAUACUUUCUAUCGUGGGCAUGGGCGGGUUGGGUAAGACCACGCUUGCCCAACUUGUAUACAAUGACCCAAGAAUAGUGAGUAAGUUUGAUGUCAAAGCUUGGAUCUGUGUUUCAGAGGAAUUUGAUGUUUUCAACGUAUCAAGAGCAAUUCUUGACACGAUUACUGAUUCGACUGAUCAUGGUAGAGAGCUAGAAAUAGUUCAGAGAAGACUAAAAGAAAAAUUGGCAGAUAAAAAAUUUCUCCUCGUUUUGGAUGACGUUUGGAACGAAAGCGGGCCUAAAUGGGAAGCUGUGCUGAAUGCUCUUGUUUAUGGAGCUCAGGGAAGUAGGAUCCUUGUCACAACACGCAGUGAGGAAGUUGCUUCUACCAUGGGGUCAGAAAAACACAGGCUGGGGCAAUUACAAGAAGGUUAUUGCUGGGAAUUGUUCGCAAAACAUGCAUUCAGAUAUGAUAAUCUUCCACGAGAUCCAGUAUGCACAGAUAUUGGUAAGAAGAUUGUUGAAAAAUGUAGAGGACUUCCUCUGGCCUUGAAGUCAAUGGGAAGUCUAUUACACAACAAAGCAUCUUCCUGGGAAUGGGAUAGCGUGUUGAAAAGUGAAAUAUGGGAAUUAAAGGACAGUGAUAUUGUUCCUGCUUUAGCAUUGAGCUAUCACCACCUUCCUCCCCAUCUCAAGACAUGCUUUGCUUACUGUGCUUUAUUCCCCAAGGAUUAUGAGUUUGACAGGGAGUGUUUAAUUCAGUUGUGGAUGGCUGAAAAUUUCCUAAACUGCCAUCAAUGCAGUACGAGUCCAGAGGAAGUUGGCCAACAGUACUUCAAUGAUCUACUAUCAAGGUCCUUCUUUCAACAAUCAAGCAUAUUUAAAGAAGGAUUUGUCAUGCAUGACCUUCUAAAUGAUUUGGCAAAAUAUGUUUGUGGGGACAUCUAUUUCAGGUUGAGAGUUGAUCAAGCAAAAUGUACACAGAAAACAACCCGUCAUUUUUCAGUUUCAAUCAUUACCGAACCAUAUUUUGAUGAGUUUGGAACUUCAUGUGAUACUAAAAAAUUGCGUACAUUUAUGCCAACAAGCAGGAGAAUGAAUGAAACAGGCUGGAGCCUGGAUGAAUAUCACACGAGUUGGAAUUGCAAGAUGUCGAUACAUGAAUUGUUCUCCAAGUUAAAGUUCUUACACGUCUUAUCUCUGUCUCACUGUUUAGACAUUGAAGAGCUGCCUGACUCUGUUUGCAAUUUUAAACAUCUUCGUUCGUUAGACCUUUCCCAUACUCGCAUUAAAAAACUACCUGAAUCCACAUGUUCACUCUACAAGUUGCAAAUACUGAAGCUGAAUCAUUGUAGAUCUUUGAAGGAGCUGCCCUCGAAUUUGCAUGAACUCACCAAUUUGCAUCGCCUUGAAUUUGUACAUACUGACAUUAUAAAGGUGCCACCGCAUCUGGGAAAGUUGAAGAAUCUUCAAGUAUCCAUGAGUCCGUUUGAUGUUGGUAAAAGUAGUGAGUUCACUAUUCAGCAAUUAGGAGAGCUCAAUCUUCAUGGAAGAUUCUCAAUUAGGGAGCUGCAGAAUAUUGAGAACCCCUCAGAUGCAUUAGCUGCAGAUUUGAAAAAUCAAACACGCCUUGUGGGACUAGACUUUGUAUGGAAUUCACACCGGAACACUGAUGAUUCUGCCAAAGAAAGGGAUGUAAUUGUAAUUGAGAAUCUACAACCUUCCAAACACUUGAAGAAGUUGACAAUCAGGAACUAUGGUGGUAAACAAUUCCCUAAUUGGUUAUCCCAUAAUUCUUUAUCAAAUGUGGUGUCCUUAUGGUUGGACAACUGUCAAUCUUGCCAACAUUUGCCUUCCCUUGGACUUUUUCCAUUUCUCAAGAACCUUGAGAUUUCACGUCUUGAUGGGAUAGUGAGCAUUGGUGCUGAUUUUCUUGGGAAUAGCACUCCUUCAUUUCCAUCGUUGGAAAGAUUGGAGUUCUCCUCUAUGAAAGCAUGGGAAAAAUGGGAAUUUGAAGCUGUGAUAGGUGCUUUUCCAUGUCUUCAAGAUCUUGAUAUAAGCAAAUGUCCCAAGCUGAAAGGUGACCUCCCAGAGCAACUUCUUCCUUUAAAGAAUCUUGAAUUUCUGAAAAUCAGAGAGUGCCCUCAAUUAGAAUCAUUGCCUGGAAGCACAUCUCUCAAGGGGUUAACGAUAUGUGAUUGUCCAAGAGUUGAGUCGUUCCCUGAAGGAGGUUUGCCAUCAAAUCUAAAAGAGAUGCAUCUCAAUAAAUGCUCGUCGGGACUCAUGGCCUCACUGAAAGGGGCUUUGGGAGACAAUCCCUCUCUGGAAAGCUUGGGGAUAAUAAAGCAUGAUGCGGAAUCUUUUCCUGAUGAAGGUUUGCUGCCACUCUCUCUUACUUAUCUAUGGAUAUGUGAUUUUCCAAAUCUAAAAAAACUGGACUACAAGGGGCUCUGUCACCUCUCCUCUCUCGAGGUUUUGUGGCUUGAUGAGUGCCCCAACCUCCAACAGCUACCAGAGGAGGGUCUUCCCAAAUCCAUUUCAUAUCUUAAAAUUAUAGACUGCCCCAACCUCCAACAGCUACCAGAGGAGGGUCUUCCCAAAUCCAUUACACAUCUUAAGAUUAGAGGCUGCCCCAAGCUCAAGCAGCGUUGCCAGAACCCAGGAGGCGAAGACUGGCCAAAGAUUGCUCACAUUCCAACCCUGGAUAUUAGUGAAUAGUGGUGCUGAUGAUUUUUAAGAAUUAUCAUGGAACUUUUUCUUUUUUAGUUGAUCUGAAUUAUCAUGAACCUUCUACACCAUUUGUGCUUCAAGGAAAUUAUUAAAUAAUUGUUUUCUUACACUUAUACUUACAUAGUUAUAUAUGCAUUGUGUGCGAGAGACGAGAUUUUUUUAUUACGGAAUAAAAUAUUUCCCAUUUAAAUUUA